AUGGAAGAGUUGGGUCUUGCUCGGUUUGAUACCAUAGGAAGCACUGUAAGAAAGAAGCGGACCCAAAUUUCUCGCCGACCUAAGGAUUCACAGGCAUUUACAGACAAUCAUGAUCAUUCAUCAUUAUCAAUAUCACCACCUUCUGAUGACAUGAGCAAGGCUUCCAGUGAUGAGAAUGCUGAUAAUUCUAGGAGGAAAGAAUUCAAUCUUAAUCGAUCUGUGGCCAGGGUUUCUUCAGCUACUACUGGGGCUGAAAGUGAAAAUGCAUUUUAUGGCAGUAACUCAGGGAGAAGUAUGAUUCACAACAAACGUUCUAGUAAAGGUGUUCUUGCCCCUGCAAAUUGGAGAAGCACAAGCAAGCUGAAGGAAUGCAUGGAUGUGGAGUCUAGAGCUGCGAAUAUUUACGGUGGAAGGAAUGGUGAAAGUUGGAGUUCAGAGCAGUCAGCAGUGAGUUUAGAUGUUUUAGGAAAUGAAAGCAAGGUUAAAAAGGUCAAGCUUAAGGUUGGUGGUGUGGCACACACAAUUAAUGCCAACUCAACAACUAAUGGCGUUUCUUCUACAAAGAAUUCACGACUCUCAGACACCUCCAGCUCAAGGCAGACAGUUAGUCUUCAGGGGAAUUUAGAGGAUGAACAUUUUGUUUUAGGUAAGAGGCCUGGUUUGCAAGGAGUCCCUUGGAAGGAAUUCUCUAGAGGAGGUUUUAGUCUCGGGAAAGAGGAUUUAAUGGGGAAGACUUCAAGCAAAAAUACUGCUGGGAAACCAGGAGAUAAGUCUGAAGCAGUUCGUAAGAGCAAGCGUGCCCCCAAGAGGCGUGUUCUGGAUGGGGAAUUUGGUGAGGAUGAUGAGGAUGAUGAGAUCCGGUACUUAGAGAAACUCAAGUUAAAAGUCUCAUCAAGACAUAAGGAAGAUGAUGAAAAUGACGAUGAUGAAUCAAGUAAGAAACAACGAAAACUUUCAACCCUGGAAAGCAAUGGUGCUCUAAGGCUGGUUAAAGAUGGGAAGAAAAUAUCCAGGUCAGACCGAGCACCAGAGGAUGAAGAUUACGAGGGAGAAGAACCAUUAUCUGAUGGUGAGUUCAUAGGUAGUAAGAAGAAGCAGAAAAAGGAAUCUGUAGAGUCAUUGACAGAUGGUAAGAGGGAGAUGACUUUAACUAAGCGUCAACGGGCUCUUCAAUCUAGCAAAGAUGGCUCUUCUGUUCAUGAUGCUAACUUAAUUGAGUUUCCAGAUGGAUUGCCACCUGCACCAUCAAAAAAGCAAAAGGAGAAACUUACAGAGGUUGAGCAGCAAUUAAAGAAAGCUGAGGCUGCUCAGAGACGAAGAUUGCAAGUUGAGAAGGCAGCUAGGGAAUCUGAGGCUGAGGCUAUAAGAAAAAUUCUGGGUCAAGAUUCAAGCCGAAAAAAGCGAGAAGAGAAAAUAAAGAAGCGUCAGGAAGAGUUGGCACAGGAGAAGGCUACUACCGCCCAGAUGCUUGCAUCAAGCACCAUCAGAUGGGUCAUGGGUCCUACAGGGACGGUUGUGACAUUUCCCAAGGACAUGGGUCUUCCUAGUAUAUUCGACUCUAAACCCUGCAGCUAUCCUCCUCCAAGAGAGAAGUGCGCAGGCCCGUCCUGCACUAACCCAUACAAGUAUCGAGAUUCUAAGUCAAAGCUUCCGCUUUGCAGUCUGCAGUGCUACAAGGCAAUUCAGCAACAGAGUCAGCCUGAAACUAACUGCUCUGAUGCUUAA